ACAUUAUUUGUUUAGAAAACAGAACAAUAGUUUAGUAAUUUUAUUUCUGCAUUGUCUUUUCAUACCUUUGAAGUUAUGAAAAAGGGAAGCUUACCAAGUAAAGUAGACAAAUCUACCCCGAAAAGAUGCCAGAAACCGUCAUCUGUCAACAGAAACACCACAGCUCUUGAAAGAGCCAAUCUCUUUGAGUCUGACUAUCCUUUCUUUGCUGUUAUAAUGAAAAGGUCAUAUGCAACUAGUCUGAGAAAUUUUCAUGUACCAUCCUGGUUUGCAAGAACAUACAUUAUUAAGAAACAAUGUGAAGCUAGCCUUUGGGUUUCAAAUGGUGAAUCUUGGUCUGUCCAUUACAGAGUCGUAGGUGGAUCAAACGCAGCCGAAUUCAGUGAAGGAUGGAAAGCAUUUGCACUGGAAAAUAGUUUGGAAGUUGGUGAUAUUUGCAAAUUUGAAUUGACUAAUAGUUAUGGCAAUGAAAUUUCAUUUAGAGUUUCCAUUGUUAAGUGUGAUGAUGAUGCUUAUGAUGACUUAGGUGAGAAAGAAGUGUUCUUAAUUAUCAUUAUAAUUCAAUGUGUACAAAAAUAUGGCUGUAGGAUUAACUUAUAGGUGUUGUUUUGUAGCUGCAAAGAUAGCAGCUACACCAUCUAAGCGAAAUGUGAAACUUGAAUCUUCUUUGGCGAGCGAUGAUGAAUCCAGCAUGAUUUCACCAAACAUAAUUUCAGAUAAUGAACAAGAGAAAUUUUCUGUUGAAGAUUCAGAUACAGAUGAGUCCACCGAGUUGAUAUCUAAAGCUAACACUGGAAACAAAGGCACUUGUAAGAGGCCUUCAUCUUCAAGAACAACCAACCAUUGCUUUUCAGAAAAUCGCAGCCUCAAAGUGGUUUUGAGACCAAUUCACUUGCAAAGAUAUAAACUAAAUAUUCCAUUGUAUUUUGCAAAGAAAUACCUUAAAGACAAGACUCAAACUAUGACUCUUUGGGUUGGUGAGAGAUGUUGGGAUGUGAGGUUUUUGGUUGGUGAAAAAGAUUUUUCUUUUUCUGCUGGAUGGAAGGACUUUACAAGAGAGAACUCUCUAAAGCCAGGAGAUGCUUGCAUCUUUAAGUUGAUUAAGGGGAACCAAUCUGAGCUGAAAGUUACCAUUAUUAGAAAAAGUGGCAAUAGUAAAGGUAGAAAAAUUUCCCAGAACAUAAUCAAAAAGAAAGAACAAAAGAAAGUCAUUGCUGGACUUUCAGAUAAGUCCACUAAUCUGAUAUCUGAAACAAACACUAGUAAUAACCAAGACAGCCCUUCUUCAUCUUCAUCUAAAUCUUCAGUGGUUAAGAGAGCUUCUGAAGUAGCUAGCCAUUUCUUUUCAAAAAAUCCAAGCUUUAAAGUGACUUUGCAAUUAGAUCAUGUGCAUGGAGGAUAUAAACUGCCUAUUCCAUCGGAUUUUGCAAGCCAUUAUUUUGAGGAAAAGACAGAAACUAUUAGUCUUUGGGUUGGUGAAGAUGAAUACAGGCAUGAUGUGAAGUUAAUUGUUAAUGGAUCAGAAUAUAAAUUUUCUACUGGAUGGGCUGAAUUUGCAAUGAAUAACUCUCUUCAUCCAAGAGAUAUAUGCAUUUUUGAGCUGAUUAAGAGGAGUAAUCAACCUGAGAUGAAAGUUAACAUAUUUAGACAACAUGUUUUAUACUUUUGAGCUAAACUACUGAAACUCAAGUUAACUAAUUAUUUAGGAAUGUUAGUGUGUAAUGUUACUGGUGCCAUUGUUAGUUAUUAGACUUCUGAACUAAAUGUUUUUUUGUAUGAUCACAGUACAGGAGUGACUAACCAAAACUACUUAAUUAUCAUAGUUUUGUUGCUACUAUUUUUAAUGCAUAUUUCGCUUCAUGAUUUA